CUGGGACGACCUUGGCUUCUGGGUUAAAAUUAAGCUUCAUGCUUGCUUGCUGCAGUUCAGAUGAAGUUGUCAGAUUUAAAAAUAAAUCGCAAGCCACUUGACAGAUCUAAGACGAAAGAAAUAAUAUCAAAGGUUUCUAGCUUCCUAGAGGAGUCUAAGAACACUGAGGCGGAAUGCGUUGAGGGUGAAGCGGAAGACGGACGAUACAUCGAAUUGAAUCUCCUGAUACCCACUUCAAGUGCAAAUGAAGAAUCGUUGAGUCUUCCAGUUAACUUUUCGGGUUCAUCUACAGAAUGUGAUGAUUCAUCUUCCGAAUCAGAAAAUGACUUACAUGAAAUAACUAUACAGUCUACAGGCAAACUUAAUACAUCGAUUCCAACUCCUCCUUCUCGUAAAUCUGCUAAGCUAAUUGAAGAACUUGAACCCAAUUGUACAGAUGACUGUGAUAAUAAAAAAUAAUUUUU